AGCCAGGAGAAGGUGGAUUGGUGCAGGGUUAGCGCGAGGGAAAUGAUAGGAGGGGGAUGCUUUAGACUGUGAAAGGAGUGAGCGAGAGAAACCGAGCGUAUCCCAAUAAAGACAUAUCUUCUUGUGACUGUCGGCUUCUGCCUGACCAACAGAGUACUGUUAGGAGAAGACUCGGUCCGGUCCCUUUAUUACAGGGCGUUAGAUGCGGGCAGCAUCAGUCACCCCCUUGCGCAUGAUCGGCAGACUACGCAUCCCCUCUGCCGGGAGUCAACACAGCAUCGCCGAACGAGGAGGAACGACUGCGAUCGCAUCCUAAUUAUUAAGCAUCCAUCAUUGGAGGCGAGGUACCAGCAGGGCGUCUCUCACCUGGGUGUGACUGUGGAAGGAGGAUGAGGUUUCUUUUGAUUCUGCUAGCUCUCAACUCCCUGGAGCCCUGCCUUGCAGCUGGUGGAGAUGUGUGUGUAUCGGGUCAUGACAGUGGGCCAGUGUUUGAAGAGCAGCCCUCUAGCGUGAUCUACCCAGAGGGGCUGCCUGAAGGAAAGGUCACCCUGAACUGCCAGGCUAGGGCCAGCCCGGCUGCUUCCUACAGGUGGCGUGUGAAUGGCACAGAUGUGGUGACAGUAGAGGACUCCCACUACACAAUGGUGGCCGGGAACCUUGUGAUCAAUAACCCCCAACAUGGCCGUGAUGCUGGCUCAUACCAGUGCCUCGCCACCAAUCGCUGCGGAACAAUCCUGAGCCGUGCUGCUAACCUCAAAUUUGGCUACCUCCAUGACUUCCCUUCAGAAAGCAGGAGCCCUCAGACAGUUUAUGAGGGCACCGGAACAUUCCUCACUUGCCAAGUGCCAGCUCAUUACCCAGCUCUCUCCUACCGCUGGAUCCUCAAUGACUUCCCAAGCUUUGUCCAGCCGGAUGGGGGUAGGUGGUUUGUCUCCCAGGUGACGGGCAACCUGUACCUAGCCAGCGCCAGAGCUAACGACACAGGCAAUUAUUUCUGCCUCACCACAAUCAACAUGGAUAUCAGCACCAAGAGUACCUUCAGCAAAGCUAUCCAGCUGACAGUGCAGCCUGACGCUAACCCCAGGAAGUCAGCCCCAAACAUCCGUGUGCGUUUCCCCUCUGAGACAUACGCGUUGGCUGGCCACACCACACAGUUGGAGUGUUUCGCCUAUGGCAAUCCUACUCCCAAGUUGCGCUGGAGGAAAGUUGAUGGGUUGCUGCCAUCUAAGGUUGGAGGCACUGCAGAUAGCCCCAUUCUUGCCAUUCCUGACUUGACCUUUGAUGACGAGGGCAUAUAUGAGUGUGAAGCCUACAGCUCAGAGGGUCGGGAUACACACCAGGGCCGCAUCUCUGUCCAAGCCCAGCCAGAGUGGCUCCAGGUGAUGAGUGAUUCAGAGGUUGAGAUCAGUUCAGAACUGAACUGGAGGUGUGUAGCUGCAGGUAAACCGAGACCUAUAAUCCGCUGGCUUCGCAACGGACUGUCUCUAAGCACUCAGGACCGUACGGAGGUGAACAAUGGGCAUCUGAAGAUCAACAACCUGGCCCUGGAGGAUUCUGGGAUGUACCAAUGCGUGGCCGAGAAUAAACAUGGAACCAUUUACUCUAAUGCAGAACUCAGGGUUCAAGUCCAGGCUCCAGAUUUUAGGCUGAACCCAGUACGGAAACUGGUCCCUGCAGCACGUGGGGGUCAGGUGAAGAUGGAGUGCAAACCCCGUGCUGCACCCAAACCCACGCUCUUCUGGAGCCGAGGCACUGAGCUCCUCACCAACAGCAGCAGGGUAACAGUGACUUCAGACGGAGUUCUGUGGAUCUACAACAUCAGCAGGGCUGAUGAAGGGAAAUACACCUGCUUUGCUGAGAACUACCUAGGCAAAGCCAACAGCACCGGCCAUCUUUCUGUAAGAGAUGCUACCAAAAUUACCCUGGCUCCGUCGAACGCUGACAUCAACCAGGGAGAAAAUGUUACCCUGCAGUGUCAUGCAUCACAUGACCCAACCAUGGAUCUCACAUUUACCUGGUCCCUCAAUGGGGUUCUUCUGGACCUGGAGGAACCAAAUAGACACUACCAUCGCGUGGAGGGGAAAGAGACCAUUGGCGACCUGGCCAUUGUGAAUGCCCAGCUGAGCCAUGCAGGCACAUACACGUGUUCGGCCCAGACGGUGGUGGACAGCGCAGUGGCGUCUGCCAGGCUGGUGGUGCGAGGACCUCCAGGGCCCCCUGGAGGUUUGGUGGUAAAGAGUGUGAAUGAGACAUCAGUGGAGCUCAGGUGGAGUCGUGGCUAUGACAACCACAGUCCCAUUGGGAAGUAUGUCAUCAUGGGCCGGUCAGAGCACUCACAUGACUGGAAGAGGAUGAGGACAGACCCCGCUAAUAUCGAGGGCAAUGCUGAGUCCGCACGUGUGAUUGACUUGCGGCCCUGGAUGGACUACGAGUUCCAGGUCAUCGCCAGCAACAUUCUGGGCAGCGGGGAACCCAGCAUGCCAUCGCAGCCUGUCCGAACCAAACAAGCAGCGCCUACAGUAGCACCCAGUGGCCUGGGUGGGGGAGGUGGAGACCGCAAUGAGCUUAUCAUCACAUGGACACCCAUGGCAAGGGAAUAUCAGAACGGAGAUGGCUUUGGCUACAUACUGGCGUUCCAAAAGCUGGAAGCCCCGAUGUGGAUGAUGGUGCGUGUGCCUGGUGUGGAGUCAACACGCUACGUCUACACUAACCAGAGCCUCUCGCCGUACUGCCCUUUCGAAGUCAAAAUCAAAGCGUACAACCGGAAGGGCGAGGGCCCUUUCAGCCAGAUAGCACUGGUCCACUCUGCAGAGGAGGAGCCCACAGUGUCCCCUCGCAGGAUCAAUGCCACGGCUCUGACGGCCUUCGAUAUCCAAGUCUCCUGGGAGCCCGUGCAGCACGUAAGCGCCAAUGGCGUGUUGCGCGGUUAUGAGAUCCGGUACUGGAGGCAGCACGAGAGAGAGGCAGCGGCAGACCGCGUCAGGACAGCAGGCCUAGAGAACAUGGCGCGGGUGUCAGGCUUACGACCCAACACCCUCUACCAUGUGACUGUUCUGGUGUAUAACAGCGCAGGCACAGGGCCGCCCUCCCCCCGUACCACCGUCAUUACAAAGAAACCCCCCCCUAACCGUCCUCCUGGAAACGUUUCGUGGAAGACAGAUGGUUCCUGGGUGACUGUGCGAUGGGACCACGUUAAAUCUAUGGACAAUGAGUCUGCAGUACAGGGCUACAAAGUCCUGUACAAGCAUGAGGGUCAGUCAGCCCUCAAAGUUCUGGACAAAGGCAAGACAUCAGUCAACCUCCCCCUGCCCAAAGACAACGGCUACGUGUUUCUGGAGAUCCGCUCUUGGGGAGAGGGAGGUGAUGGGGCAGCUCACGAGAUCAUAGUAUCUCGAGAUUCAGGAACUGGAAUGAUGGUUCAGAAGAACAAGGCAGGCGUUCACCAAUCACAUGGCACCUACCACCUCCUGUCAGCUGCACUGGCUCUCACUCUGAUUGGCCUAUCGGUACUGUGAUAAGCCGAUGAAAAAUGGUUCUCCCGCAAAUACUGCACAGACAUUGGCUGAUUGCUUUCCAAGAGGGGUGGCACUUCUGGGCAGUGGGGGCUAUGAGUGGGGAGACUGGGGUAGUUAAGUAGCUGGAGUAAACAAAAUGGUGAAUGAAAAUGGUGAAUGGUUUUAUUCUUUUGUAUAAAAAAACUUUUUUAACAAUGACAACUGGUCAUUGUGGAAUGGAUGAAGGACUGACUUGUGAUUGUGUUGUAAACCUCGCCUUAUGAAGAAGUUUUCUUUUUUGUCGUUUCCUUGGAAAUGGGCAAUGAUCAUACAGUAGUUGGUACUAGGUUUCUCAAAUUCAGCCAUCAUUUCAACAUACACAGAGAGUUCAAUAAGUCUGCUAUUAUUUUAAGAUAGUGCUUGGAUAUGUUAAUGGAGGUAUUCCUACACCACACAAAUGUAAAAAUCAAUUUCUAAGUUGAUGCUACUGUAUGGCAACAUGAGGAUCAAAUCUAAAUGAAGAUCCAAAUGAAAGUUUACCUUUUGAUUGUUAUGGUAAAAAAAAGUUUUGUGUGUGUGUGUGUUUGUGUGUGUGUGCACGUAUGAGUGUGUGCAGGCAUAUGUGUGUGUGU